AAAAGAGAGAUACAGUUUCCAUAGUGAUUAGAACUUAAAUUUAGUGAUCAAUUUCAGUAUCCAGUAAUUAGUGGCAAUAUCUAUAGUGCUUCGUUACAGCGCCCAGAACUUAGAAAGAGCAGUCAUAGUGAUUAGAAGCACAAUUUAGUGAUUGAUUCCAGUAUCUAGUGUAAUUUUGGUGAUGGUUUUAGUGUCUAGUGGAUGAUUCUAGUAUCUACCAGAUAACCCCAGUGUGUAGUGGAUGAUUUCAUUAUUUAGAAGAUAUUUCGAGUAUCCAGUUGUUAGAAGCAAUAUAUAUAUAGUGCUUUUUUUCAGUGCUCAGAAGUUAGGCACAGUGUUUAUAGCGACUAAAACCUAAAUUUAGUGAUUAUUGCAGUAUCUAGUGGAUGUUUCCAGUAUCCAGUUGUUAGAAGCAAUAUAUCUAGUGCUUUUUUUCGGUGUCCAGAAGUUAGGCACAAUUUCUAUACCGGCUAGAACAUGAAUUUAGCGAUGAUUUUAGUAUGUAGUAGAUGAAUCCAGUAUAUAAUAAUUAAUUUGAGUAUCUACAGCGAUUGAUUGCAGGGUACAGAAGUGAGAUAAACUAGAUCCAAAGAUUACCAAUUUUGGGGUGGUGCAACAUAAAUAAAAAGUUUGCUUUUUGCCUGAUUUCACCUUACCCUAAAAGAUUGAGUAUAAUUGUAUAAUUUAGUAGUAUUUGUUUUAAUGCAAAUAAAGACUUUUGUAAUACUAUUGGUGUCUUUUUGUAGUCAAUUUUCCUGAAUGCUGUCCUGUUGUUGCACUUGAACUAGCAUAGAGGGGAGGACAAUGGCACCUUCAAAGGAGUCAGGCGCACACCGGGAUUACUGCCCGCUCGCUUGUAAAAUUACAGGAUAAAGCUGGGUUGGCAGAAAGGGACCCCGACGAUAGCGUAAACAUUACUUCGUCGUGAUUCCUCCUUCCAACUUCUCCUUUAAUUGAACGGAUAACGUCCGAAUACGAGUUACCUUGUAGUUGGGGCUUUCUUAAGCCGUCACUAAGCAAACAUAGGGUUUGAAAAUACAAACAAGAUUUAGCAAAAAAAAAGAAAUAAGGAAAUUUUCUUUUACGAGAAUAAGGGAAAUUGUCUUGUCUGCGGAAGUGCAGAAGAAGGAUCCGGAAAUUAAAUAGGACUUUACUUGUCGCUCAAUUUACGGAUUAACUCAAAAGAGCGAACAGCGAAAUUGAAAAUUCUAAUAUAGUGUGUGGGAAAAGGGAUGAAAGUUGUUUGGUUCGGAGUCGAAAUGGUUGUCCCGAAAAGUAUAUCUUUAUACUCGAGUCAGGCAAAAUUCUUGGGAAUAAUCCCAGUCGGUUUAAUUAAAAAACAACAAACCGCAAAGUUCUAUUCCCGCCCUAGCAGAAGCAAUUACAGCACGCAGUUAGCUCUCCAUUCGCGACCACGGUCGGCGAACGAAACGAAACAAUCCGUUUUCCAGGAUCGGGGUCCUUUUUCCCCACGCAAUUAAUACGAGAGAAGCGGUACUUGGUUUAAAAAAGAAUUAUUGCCGCGACGAAUGAGGAAAAAUAAACACCAUUAAAAACAGAACCGUACUGAUUACGGCAAACCCUAAUUAUUCCCCAACGAAUUAAACUUUUUACCGCAAAUUAGGAUCGAUUACGAGAUGCUAAUAUACUCUAAAACCAACUCGAAUUUUUUUUUUAAUGAUUUUUUUCUUUUCAAUUUUCUAGUAGACGCCAACCGAAUGACUAAUACUUUUGUUCGUGUCGUAGAGACUCCGCAUCCAAUCGGGUGGUUGCUUUUGUCGUUUCCUGAUGGAGUGUCGCGUCCAAAAAAGAAGAAGGAGGGAAGGGGAGCUUGAAAAGCGAACAGAACAAGAGGAAGUCAAAAGCUGGGCCCGAACUUUAUAUUUAUCCUCGAAGGCUGAAGGAGGGAGGUGACUUCCUAGUUUAAGAAUCGGAUUUAAAAUCUCGUGGAGCACAAUGCCCCGGGAUGGAGUUAUUUAACUUUUCUUGGGGGGUGGUGAAAUUAUAUCGAUUGUUCGUGGGGCUCGCUACUCGCCGAGUCCAUUAGACGCGGUUUUUCAGGUUAACCGCAAGUCGAGUACUUUCCCAUAAUAACGAUUUUCAUCCUUUAAGCGGAGAAAUUACGACGUUCCACCGUUGAUACACGUUUUAAUUCCGUUUGUUUCGUGAAUCAACCGAGAGGAAUUAUUCUUCACGAGGCGGAAUAAUUAAGAUGCAAAUUCCUUCCAUUUCAAAAUCAUCUCUUCUUGUUGUUUUAACAACGUUUAAAAACCAAAAAAAAAUUAUUUACUUGCAAGAAAUAGAAAGAGGCGUAAAUGGCUUUCUUUGGAAAACUGCGUUCGGAUAAUUUCCCAAGAGGAGACGUCGCUAGAUGUCAUCCAAAAGCUUCUACGUUAGACAGAGACAUACAACGUUUACUUUUCUUUCCGGCGAGAACCCUGAGGAUGGUGUUGCAUUAUCGGCUGAAAUUUCACAGGCGUCAAUAUUUAAUAUCUUCCUACCAGAGACAACAGUAAAACUUUAACGUCACACAACAAAAUAUAAUCUACUUAGUUUUUAAUAAUUCAUCUUGGUCAAUUCGUUUGACUUUGUAAUUUCGCGUAAUAAGACGUCUUGCCAAGGGGGUAAUUAUUCCACAUUACCUACUUCUCAGACUUGUACAUAAUUAACUUCUUACUGAAUAUUGUAUUCGAUGACGUUUCCACAACUCAGGACAUCUCCACGACGCGCACUAAACACUGACUCAGUGGUCAGAAUACAUCGAAAACGAACACCCAAUCAAUAUUUUAAGUGGUUUUAUUCGAAUAAAGCUGUUCAAUCACUAAUAAUUAAAUGCAAGAUGAUAUACUACGGUGUUAUUAUUAUGUGUAUUGAAUUAAUUUCUUUUGUGUCUACAGGACCUAUUUCUUGCACGUUAUCAUGCCAACCUGGACCUAAUUGUAAAAAACCUACAUGUUCUUGCCCAAAUGGUUACUUAAAGCACCCAGUUUUAUUAAGACUUUGCAAUCCAAUCUGCUCACAACCCUGCAUAAAUGGAUCUUGUAUUAAACCAGAAACAUGCGGUUGUAAAAGAAAUUUUAUUCUAAACCCAUCCAACAAAUACGAGUGUAUAUCAAAAUGCGCAACUUUCUGUUCGAACGGAACUUGUUCGCCGCAAAAUAUUUGCGUUUGUAAUGACGGCUUUAAAUUGGAUAAAUUUGAUAAAUUUAAAUGCAAUCCGCAAUGUUUCAACGAAUGCAUCAAUGGAUUUUGUUCCGCGCCAAAUAUAUGCACUUGCAAUGAAGGAUUCCUCUUCGAUCAUCAAUUUCAAUGUUUACCUGAUUGCAGGAAAAUUUGUAAAAACGGUAAAUGUAAAUUUAACGGAAAAUGUACGUGUGGGGAAAGAUACAGUUUAGAUGAGUUUAAUCCAUAUAAAUGCGUACCUAAUUUUAAACCCGAAUUUAAAAUUAAUUAUCACGAAAAUUUCGAAAUAAUCACAAAUAACAAAUACGAAGAAGAAUUUAUCGAACAAAGCGUAAUUAAUGAAACUCAGGUUACAUUUUCAACUGAAAAUGAUUUUGAAACAAACCUCAAUGAUAAUAAUGAAGAAAAAUUGAUUCAAAACUUUACCACUGCAAUGUAUGAAACUGAAAAUAAUUUUGAAACAAACCUCAAUAAUAAUAAUGAAGAAAAAUUGAUUCAAAACUUUACCAUUGCAAUGUAUGAAACUGAAUUGUAUGAAACAACUUUAAUAAUGAAAAAUGAAAUGAUCGAGAUUACCACAGAAACUAAUGAUAAUGAUAUUUUCGAAAAUAACAUAAUUUUACCUCGAAAUCUUUGUGAUAUUGGUUACAUUUUAAAAUCAAACAACUGUGUACCACAUUGUGAAACACCUUGUAUAAAUUCAUAUUGUUCAGGUCCAAAUAUAUGCACUUGUAAAGAAAAUUUUCUACCGGAUUCAAAGUUAGAAAAUAAAUGCGUUCCAAAAUGCGAAAUGGAAUGUGUUGAGAACGCAAAAUGUAUCGAUGGAAAUAUGUGCGUUUGCCUGGAAGGAUACGAGCAAACGACGAAUCCUUUCCGAUGCAAUAAACCUGAAAAAUUGGCUUCGUGUACGCGAAAAUGUGCGAACGGGGUGUGCGUCGAAGCGAACACUUGCCAAUGUAACCCUGGAUACGUAAAAGAUCCGAAAGAUGAUUCAUCUUGUUUACCUUCUUCGUGCGAUGUGGAUUGUAUCAAUGGAAAAUGCGUUUGUCGAUGCGAUAAAAACUUUGAGUUUAAUAUUACAACGAAAAGUUGCGAAAAAUCGAGUAAAAUUUUCAUGAUUUGUAAGAAAGUUUUAAUUCGAAUGCAACUUCUUGGAAAAUUAACAAGCGCCUAA